AUGUUCAACGCAGUCCGAACCAUCUCCCCCGCCACCCACGAAGUCAUCUUUGAGCACCCGGGUCACUCUCUCGCUGAAGCGACCAAGAUUGCCACAGCCUCCAAGGUUGCCUUUCAGUCAUGGCGCAACACAACCCUCGAUGAGAGAAAGGCCAUUGUGAAGAAGGCAUUGGACCACAUUGAUUCGAACAUCGACGUGCUUGCCAAGGAGGUCACUCUGCAAAUGGGUCGUCCAAUCCGCUUCCCCGCUGGCGAGAUCAAGACUGCGCGCAUGCGCGCCGAACACAUGAUGGAUAUUGCGGAAGAGAGCCUGGCAGAUCUUCCUGGAAAGCCGGAGGCCAACUUCAAGCGCUUUGUUAAGCGUGUCCCUGUUGGCCCAGUGCUGAUUGCUUCUGCUUGGAACGUCCCUUUAUACGGAGAGCGCAUGGCCGAGGCUUUCACUGCUGCUGGCCUUCCCAAAAACGUUCUUCAAGUCCUUCACAUUGGCAGCUUGGACGUUCUGGACCAGGUUGCUGCCCUUCCUGAGGUCCAGUCGGUCUCUUUCACUGGAUCAACAUACGGUGGCCUGCGUCUGCGCCAGGCUACCGCUGGUCAAGUGAAGCCUGUGAACCUCGAGCUUGGCGGUAAGGACGCUGCCUACGUCCGCCCAGAUGUUGAUGUGAAGGAUGUAGCGGAGAACCUCGUUGAUGGUGCUGUUUUCAACAGUGGACAGAGCUGCUGCUCCGUUGAGCGCGUCUAUGUCCACCAGAAGGUAUACGAUGCGUUCUUGCACGCUGUGCAGGAGGAGCUCAAGAACUACAAGCUUGGUGACCCCAACGACCCUGAAACCAAUAUCGGCCCGGUCAUCUCCGACGCGGGGAAGAAGAAGAUCCAGUCUCACGUCGAAGAUGCCCUGUCCAAGGGCGCCACUGCUACCAAAGGCAACUGGCUCGCCCCUAUCGUUCUCACCAACGUCAACCACAGCAUGAUCACCAUGAAGGAGGAAACUUUCGGCCCUGUCAUGCCUAUCAUGAAGGUUGCGGAUGAUGACGAGGCGAUCGCCUUGAUCAACGACAGUGAUUACGGCUUGACCGCCAGUGUGUGGACCAAGGACUUCGAUGCCGGCGAGAAGAUUAUCGACCGCAUCGAAGCCGGUACCGUUUUCAUUAACCGCUGUGAUUACCCUGCCGCUGAUCUGGCAUGGACCGGCUGGAAAUCCUCUGGCUUGGGCUCAACUCUUGGUCCCCGAGCCUACGACGGCUUUACCAAGUUAAAGAGCUACCACAUUAAGGGUGUCUCUGCGUAA